AUUCCCCCCCAAGUUUUGCACUCCCACCUGCUGGCACAGUACUGUCAGUAUACCUGCUCACUCACCUCACACAUCCUUUGACCACCAUAUUCAGCCAGCUCCGUUGUUGCCUUGAAAUUCAGAACAUACUCCGUUACCUGUCCCGAACAACCAUCUUCUAUCAUACUCCGGCCAAAAAAGAAGUGGGGGCCUGUUUGCUUGCUAGCUAGGCAAUCCCUGAAGUGUACGUCAUCCAACUGUUUAUAUAGGUUCUAUCGAUAAGACCGAGCUGACAAGUUUUCCCUCUCCCCCUUUUUGCCUCAGCUCAGUACUCGCAAGGAAGAAAGAUAUAACCUCUCAAGAGAAUUUUGAAGGAAAGAAAAAAGAAACCCCGAGAAAGGACCUCUAAAGCCGAGUCUCAGUCAAUUGGUACGUCAGCUUAGUCCUGCGUUUAGAGCACCAGUGGCAGUUUUCAUCUAGAAGCCUAACUAACAUCGCAGUUAUCCGCUGUCUAGCACCGCAACCCACAAGCACAGAGCCUAACCAAUUGUCAAUUCCUUCUCCCCGUCUCGACAGAAAAAGAGAAAUCCGAACAGAAAACAAGUCCACAGAUCAACAAUGCCCUACCGCUGGCGCUGCUGCAAAUGCGAUAACGGCUGGAUGACAGUCCAAGCCGAGCAAAACAUCUGCACAUGGUCCGAAUGUCAACACGUUAAGUGCAACGGUUGUGAUCAGAGGAACAUGGCCGCUCCGUUACACGGUGGCGGAGAUAUCACGGGAGGAGGUGGAGGGCCCAGGAUUGGAGGAUUUAUCGGCGGUGGUGGAGGUUGUUGUGGACGCUCCACAUCGGCUUCCCAUGCUAAUAUUGGAUCCGACGGGGAUGGCCAGGGCCCGCGCGCUCUGGGGCCUAGCGGUCGUGCUGCCUUGGACCAUUCGUCACUAAUACCGUCACCAAUCCACGACGAGGAUGAGGAUGAAUUCUCGUAUGGUUCUGAGAAUGAGGAUGAGGAUGAAUUUGCUCCGCAACUAUCCUGAUCCGGGGAAGCGCCCGCUCCUUGCGAAACGAGCUCUGGCAGCUACCUGCCC